AUGGAGGGCGGUGGCGUUUCUCCAGUCUCCUCGCCGUCGCAGGCAACCGGCGGGCAGAUCAACAGCCGCGCUUCCUCGGCCCUCGCAGCCGCCAGCGUCGCCCUCAUCCUGCUCUGCAUUUUUUGGCGAUUCGUAUGGCGGUGCAAGAAAGACGCGCCGAGGAACGACGGCAUCGGUGCCGCCACCUCGUCCGUUCCACCGUCGCCACCUUCCUGCCCGUCGCAGGUGGCUGGCGGAACGAGCGACGGAGAACGCGACGAGAACGAGAGGACGCAGCUCCUGGUAUUCGUGCACGUGGCCGCGGAGAAGGCGGAGUGUGCGGUGUGCCUGGUGGAGUUUGGGCUCGGCGAGAUCGGGCGGCUCGUGGCGGGCUGCGGCCACGGGUUCCACACCGCGUGCAUCGAGACGUGGUUCCGGGUGAGAUCGACAUGUCCGCUCUGCCGCGCCGCGGUGGUACAAGAGCGGAUCGCCGUUGAUCAGUCUCCACGUGGCGCGUGGAUGACUAAGAGUCGCCGCGGCAAGCUCUACAUCGAUGACGCUGGCUGGGGCCCCGAGGCCGACUCAAUCGAGUACGGGUACCAGGUCGCCUACGACGGAAUCCAUGUCUUCAUCGGCAAUAUCGACGUAUCUAAGCCUGAGCUGGACAUCUGCACCGACCUCGUCGAGCCGGCUCGGCGCACGCAACCCGCCAGGGUCUAA